UAUUAGUUUAUCUUUUUAUCAUGUGGGGCAGAAGAGGUAGACAAUGAGCAACUAGUGGGUUACUACCUUUUUCUUCUUAAUCCUCAAGCUGAUAACUAAUUUGCAUAAAGUGCAAGGAAAUACUAUAGCAGGUUGACCUUUCCUCUCAGCAUAAUGUAGUCACUGAUCUUUCCUUUCUCGUUUCCAUCCACAAGAUAAACAGACCAGAAGAUGGCCUUAGGCGAGGCAGUUCUCUCCGCUUUCCUUCAAGUGCUGUUUGACAGGUUUGCUUCUUAUGAGCUUAUAGAAUUCUUCCGGAGACGGGGUCUUGAUGAAGAACUACUUAAGAAAUUGAGGAUAACAAUACUGGCAAUUACUGCAGUUCUCAAUGAUGCGGAAGAGAAGCAAAUCACAAAUCCAUCCGUGAAAGAUUGGCUAGUUGAGCUUAAAGAUACAGUGUAUCAAGCUGAAGACCUGCUGGAUUUAAUUUCUACUGAAUUAUUGAGAUGCACGGCUGAGAGAAAUUCUCGAUCCAUGACAAAACAGGAGGUUACUACAGGAAAGCAAUCAAAAAGGUUACCAACGACUUCUCUAGUUGAUGAGUCCUGUGUUUAUGGCAGGGAAGGUGACAGAGAAGAGAUAAUCAAAUUGUUGCUCUCAGAUGAUGCAAAGAGCAAAGACGUUGGUGUAAUUACUAUUGUCGGAAUGGGUGGGGUUGGCAAGACAACCCUAGCUCAGCUUGCUUACAACGACUGUAGAGUGAAGGAACAAUUCGUUUUGAGGGCAUGGGCUUGUAUUUCUCAAGAAUUUGACAUAGUUAAGAUAACAAAAACAAUUCUCGAGUCAAUCACUAUGCUGAAUUUUGAAACUGAAGACCUCAAUCAACUUCAAGUAAGGUUGAUGGAGAACUUGGCAGGGAAGAAAUUUAUAAUUGUCUUGGAUGACUUCUGGAAUGAGAACUAUAAUGAAUGGGAUGUUUUUAAGCUCCCAUUUAGAGCUGGAAUGAAAGGAAGUAAGCUUAUUAUCACAACUCGCAAUGCAAAUGCAGCAUCAGCCAUACGCACUGUCCCUAGCUACUACUUACAGCCGCUAUCAUUUGAAGAUUGUUGGUUGUUAUUUGCAAAACAUGCAUUUGAAGAUGAAGUUCAUGGUGCACAUCCAAAUCUUGAGGUGAUUGGUAAAGCAAUUGUCAAGAAAUCUAACGGCAUACCACUAGCUGCAAAAACACUUGCUGGUCUCCUCCAUGGCAAAUUAUCCACUGGGGAGUGGGAAAACGUCCUUUAUAGCGAAAUAUGGGAUCUCCCAACUAAGAGUUGUGAAAUUCUCCCAGUUCUGAGAUUGAGCUACCAUUACCUCCCAGUUCAUUUAAAAAGAUGCUUUGCAUACUGUUCGAUAUUCCCUAAAGGCUAUAUUUUUGAGAAAGAGAAGUUGGUGUUAUUGUGGAUGGCAGAAGGUCUUCUGCAGCAACCAGGAGGAAACAAAUUGAUGGAAGAAGUGGGGGAUGAGUAUUUUCGUGAUUUAGUAUCAAGGUCACUUUUCCAGCUGGUGAAUGACCAGAAAUCACUUUUCACGAUGCAUGAUCUCAUCAACGAUCUAGCUAAAUCUGUGUCUGGAAAAUUUUGUUUCCAUCUUGAAGAGGAUCAUAAACAGCAUGACAUUUUUAAAAAUGCACGCCAUUCAUCCCAUAUUCAAGGAAAAUAUGAUUGCUUCAAAAGAUUUGAGGUCUUUGCUUGCAUCAAGAAUUUGCGGACCUUCAUACCAUUGAAUUUAAGCAGUGAGGAUGCUAUUUGCUACAUAUCUGAUAAGGUCCCAAAUGAGCUGCUGCCAACACUGACAUACUUACGGGUACUAUCUUUGUCUCACUACAAGAUCACCAGCUUAUCUGAAUCAAUUUCCAACCUGAUAUAUUUACGGUAUCUUGAUCUCUCUCACACAGCAAUCAGAAGACUUCCUGAAUCAGUAACAAACUUGUACAAUUUGCAGACACUACUCUUAUCAUUUUGCUAUCUGACAGAAUUACCUGAAAAUCUUUGGAAACUGAUCAAUCUGCGACAUCUAGAUAUUCGUGGAAGUAGGCUGUCAAAGAUGCCCCUGUAUAUGGGACAAAUGAAGGAACUACAAAGGUUGACCAACUUUGUGGUAGGAGAGAGUGGCGGAUCGAGAAUUAGGGAGUUGAGAGAACUGUCAAAUCUCCGAGGGGCACUUUCUAUUUCAAAGCUUCAAUAUGUUGUCCAUGCCAAUGAUGCCCAGCUGGCCAAUUUCAAAGAUAAGCCACAUCUUGAUGAGUUGAUGCUGGAAUGGGAUAACAAUAAUGAUCAUCCAAACAAUGAUAUGGAUGUCCUUGAAAAGCUGCAACCUCAUAGACACUUGAAAUUGCUCUCAGUCAAGUGCUAUGGAGGUGCAAAAUUUCCGAACUGGAUAGGGAAUCCUUCACAUUCCAACUUGGUGUUCCUCAGUCUCAGCAAUUGUAAGAAUUGCAAAGCCUUACCUACACUCGGCCAACUACCCCUUCUCAAAGACUUGGUUUUUAUUGGGAUGAAUGGCAUCAAAAGCGUCGGUCCUGAGUUUUAUGGGGCCAGCUCUUCUUCAGCUAUAACAUUUCCAUCACUGGAGACUCUGAGGUUUGAGGAAAUGAUGGAAUGGGAGGAUUGGGUUUUCUUUAUUGACAAUGAAAGUCAAGGGUUCCCAAACCUUGAAGUCCUUUGCUUGUUAAAAUGUCCUAAGUUGGCUUCAGCACUUCCAACGCUUCCAUCUCUCCGUAAAUUAGAGUUAGAGGACUGUGAUGAGAUGUUGCUAACUGGUAUUUCUUGCCUGCCUUCUCUACUUUCCUUGAAUGUGAUUUCAAACCUUACUAGGCUACCUGAAGGGUUCUUGCAUCAGGUAACAACACUUAAAGAACUUAGGAUUGCUCAUUGUAGUAACCUUUCAACUUUGUCCAACCAAGUUGGAUUUGAGUGUCUCUCAAUGCUAGAAAGGUUUGAAAUUUCGUGCUGUCAGAGAUUGAUGGCCUUGCCACCUGGAUUAUACAAGCUUACAUCUAUCAGAAUGUUGCGCAUUGAUGGGUGUCCAAGUCUAGUAUCUUUCCCUGAUAUGGGUUUGCCAUCGAUGCUUACUCAACUUAUCGUUGAGGAAUGUGAAGCUCUACAAUCCCUUCCUGGAGUAACAAUGCACAGCAGCAGCUGUUCUACAGGUCUUACUUCAUAUUCUCUUCAUCCAUCUUCAUCUUGCAGUGGUCUGCCUACCACACUGAAAGAAUUCAGGAUCAUGAAUUGUAAAAAACUAGUGUUGUUCCCUGAAGGAAUGUUGUUAGACAACACAACCCUAGAACGUCUAAAUGUAUUUGGUUGUCAUUCGGUGAAGUCACUUUCAUUACAUUUCCCAAACCUUGAAUAUCUUGACAUCAGUGGUUGUAUAAACCUUGAAUCCUUCCCAGAGGAUCUUCAGAAUCUCACAUCACUCAAGAAUUUAACCAUCAUGAACUGUCCUCUUCCUUGCUCUUUUCUAAGACCUCCUCCCAACCUUAUUUCUUUGGAAAUCAAUCACUGUGACAACCUUAUGUUCCUUCCUGAUCAGAUGCACAUCAUGAAGUCUCUUCAGAGGCUGCAUAUUUCCAAUUGUCCACAAAUAACUUGCUUUCCUGAUAGUGGUCUUCCUACAAAUCUAAAUUCCCUUACGAUUAACAACUGCCUCAUGCUUAUGCCGAAAAUCGAGUGGGAACUGCACAAACUUUUCUCCCUAAGACAUCUUGAAAUUGCUAGGUGUCCAAACUUGGAGUCCUUCCCAGAGGAGUGGCCUUUGCCCUCAAGUCUUUCCUCUCUCCACAUUUUUGGUAUUCCAAAUCUCACAUCUCUGCCUAAGGCAAUCCAGUAUCUUAAUUCCCUUGAAAUUUUAGAGAUUGGAGGGUGCAGUAAGCUUUUGCAUUUGCCUGAAGGGGCACUUCCUACCUCACUAUCCUCCUUACAUAUUCGAAACUGCCCUUUUCUUAAAGAUAGAUGCCAAAAGGAUAUUGGAGCAGACUGGUACAAGAUAGCACACAUUCCCUGCAUUACAAUCAAUUACGUGUUGAUCUCAUGAGAAAAUUCAACUUUCUUGGACCAGUGAGGCAAGGAUAAACAUACUUUCGCUUCAGUUGCAUCUUCACUGAUCACACUGGGGAGCUGAACAAGGACAAGGAUGACAUGUUAGUGGAAGACAAAUUUCUCUUAGUCUGUGAGAGCCUAGCUGUAAAGAGGUUAAGCAAAGCUAAUCUUUUCCUCGUCUGUUGACACGCUAAUUCCUGCUAAUCUUGACAGUGCCCCUCCUUUGUGCUUACGGUUCAGCAGUAAAAUUCUGAGCAAUUUAAUUCACUGCGUAAUUAACUUCCUGCUGAAGUGAAGUGCACUGAAUCAUUGAAUGUGUAUAUAAAGGUUAGCUGUGAGGAAACUUUUUUUGCUUAAACCUGUUGAAUAGGACUCUGAAUUUCCUUUUGAGCCGCUUUUUGCCAACUUGUAUUUGUUGAUUGUGGAGAAAGCUGUGGACUCAUUGAUCAUUGGAUUCAGCGAAAAAAAAAAAUCUGGUAAAUCAUCAGACAAUGUCUUUGAUGCUGUUGUGCUAAACUGUAAUUGUAUUUGUCAAUUCUUUGUAGUGAUUCUGAAUACUUCAAAUAUUCUACUCCAAAUGCAUUUGUUUUACAGAAAUUUAUAGUUUUCAAAUGAUGCAGUAACUUUAACUUUCCUGGAGCAUUUUGGAGGUGCUGAUAAAUUUGGAAGGACAGUUAAGUUAUGACAGAGAUGGCAACAGUUUCAGCUUCACCAGCAUUCAGUUUACUCUACCAAAAUUACAGGUAGUACAUUGGAAGACUUGUCAAAUGUGAAGACUAUAUGUAGUGGAAAAAUAGUCUGCAAUUCUCUGCAAAAUUUUUCUGUAUGGAACUGUCUGAAGCAAAAGCGGAUGCCACUUUGUCUUCUCUUGCUUGACAACAGCCAAUCAUAUCCUCCUCCUUCUCUUCAAAGUAUCAAAUUUUGCCCCAGAAUAUGGUGGUACUCGGUUGAGUUGGACCAUCCUAAUGCCAAGAAGAAUGUCCUUUUACCUCUGUAAAUUCUUUGAGGCGACCGCAGGUCUACUGCUUUAUGAAACCCAGUAGGGGCAAUCGAUUUCUGUUUGUCCUGAAUUUUUAUCUGUAUUUUCCAAGUGUUUUUGCUUAGUUUGUUGUUUUGAAUUUUGAUCGAUGAUUGAAUUUUCCUUGUAGUUCUAACUUUUGUGCUGCUACUAUUACUACAUAUAUCUAUUUUUAUCUAUAAUAUAUCUCAUCUAUCACCAGCUCUAUAAAA